AUGGAUUUGAGUCUUGACUCGGAUAUCCAUGGAUACAACAGGCCAUGUCCACAUCGUGCUCCUCAUAUGAGAGAUCUUGUCCACUACCGGAUUAAAACAGAAACUCGCCAGCGAAUGCGACUGGACGACCAAUACCAGCCGGAAGAAAUAACCGAUUUCAGCAAAAGUAUGAUCUACCAGUUCGCAACUAGUGCUUUGGCAAUAACUUUAAUUGAGCCACCUAGUUGCUGCGACAUGUCUCCUCUUAGUAACCCAACCCACCUUCACACUUGCACGGCCACUUCCCUCCUCAGGAGAAAGGAUGUCCCUGUAUAUCGUGACGAGAUUGUCAAGCAAACGGCUGAGCUGCACAUAUAUCCGAUUAGCGGCGGUAGAAUGACGGCAAUGAUACGGGCAGAAAAGAGUGUUAUUGAUCAGUUUGAAAAAUCGAAGUACAGGAGCAGGAUUGGGGAUAUUUGA